CAUGCUUUUCACGAAAAACAGCUGUGCCAUGCUGAAAAUAUCUUUCGAAAAUUGUUUUCGAUUUGAAAAAGUUAUGAAAUUCUAGAACCAUCAUGGUCUUCUUAAACGUCAUCCGUUUCGCUGUGGCUCGAAAUUCAAAAGCCUCUAGUUUGGCAGUUAAAAAAUCUCAAUUGGUCAUCCAACCAUUGAUUCCAGCAUCAAGAAUGAACCUCGAUGAAUGUUCGAACCUUCGUGACCGUGAUAUUCCAGCAGCUCGGCCAGGCUAUCCAUGUUCAGUGUUUUAUGAUGAAACCCUAAAUAAAUUCAUCACUAGAGGUACUAGAAAAGGUCAACGUGUAUUAAUGCGUGAGUUAAUGCGUGAAACAUUUAUGAUUAUUAAACGAAUUCAAUUGACAAAAUUGAAUUCCGGAAACCAUAAUGAUGGAUGCGAUGAUGAUGAUCAAUCAAAAGAAGUCGUUUGUGAUCCAUUAGUCAUUUUUCAUGGAGCCAUAGCCAAUUGUAUGCCAUUAAUGAUUACUAGACCUGUCAAACGUGGUGGAGCCACUUAUCAAGUACCAUUUCCCAUUAGUGAAAGAGAAUCGGAACAAUUGGCCAUGCGAUGGCUAUUCCAAACGAUUGUCGAAAGGCCAAAACCGCGGAAACAAUUUUUUCCAGAAAUUAUGGCUCGAGAGCUAAUUGAUUGUUUUUAUAACCAAGGCAAAGUGGUCAAGAAAAAACAAGAUAUGCAUCGACAAUGUGAGAGCAAUAAAGCAUAUGCCCAUUAUCGAUGGGGUUGAUCAUCAGAAAAAAAAAUUGUUUUGUAACGAUUAUUAAUUUUGAA